AUGGCCUCUCGAUUUUCAAGAAAUUUAAUUGAGGCAGAUGAGGGAACAAGGGCACGCCGUGAGCGUGGUCGACAAUCUCAGGCUGCCUUCCGCAAGCGCCAGGCGCAAUUCAACCGGGAUUUGAAGAACAAAAACCACCAACUGACACGCAGUAUUGAAAGAGUGCUUGACUGUAUUCAAGGCGACGAGCGCCCGGACCUACUUGGUGCCGUUUCUGACAUGGCUCGCACAGCCGGGAUUAACUCCUCACAUGAAGGUGAACAAGGAGGAGAGGAGGGCGAUCGUUCCGCCAACUGGUACAUAAAUGAUCUGGCUGUUGGAAGCAAUGAGGAAUUGUAUGAUGAGUUCAUACUUCAAAGCAAGCCUCCAAAGCCCCAUUACACCGAAAUGCGUCUAGAUCCAUUCCACUACAUGAACAUCUCGCUACCACCCGAGGAUAUAGUGCCAUAUCUCGGUGCAGGCUCAAAUACAUUUGCCGGUAGACUGUUCUGGUUCAUGUUAGAGCACAGCCAAGUUCGGUGCGAGAAUAAUCACGAAGAGCCGAUAGAAUUCCAUCAGAGGAUUGUUGGUCACUCUCAAGCAAUGGAAGGAGUGAGCUUAUCAUUUGCCCAAACGAUGGUAGAGGCAAGGCUAGAACACAGGCGUACGGGAUCUAUUGCCGCAGAAAUUGCUCCAGCAGCAGAGAUAGACUUGGCUAUGGUUAUCUGCACAAGGGUGCAGGAAGAACACGAAAAGAAAGGAGACAACAUGGCACAGUGGAUGUCCUGCCAGGCUGUUGAAGAGCACAUUCAAGAGAUCCUCGGCGAGGAUACGUUCACUAGGCUUCAGGUGGCCUUUUUAGAAAACGGGCAUCCGUUUGUGAAAAAAAAGGUCGAGAAACUCUAUUGCAAGCUAUAUGAUACAUUCGUGUGUUUUGGGGAUGGCCCAAGGUGGACUAUUGACACUGUCAACGAGCUUAUCUUUGAGUGGAUCAUGUCGGCUUUCGAAGCAACAGAGAAGAGGUACUUGGCUUGGGAUUUUAACAGGGAACCUGGUUUAUUUUCUUCCUAA